GCAUAUCAAGCUCCAUUGAAUAGUAGAGGGCAACGAGGGAGACCUUCAUAUGAAAUCAGCGAGGAACAGCUUCAUUUUUUACUUGAGCAAGGGUUUAAAGUAUGUGACAUAAGUAAAAUCCUUGGAGUGAGUGCCAGGACAGUUGAGAGGAGGAUGUCAACAUUUGGGUUGAGUGUAUCAGGUAUAAAGUAACGUGAAUCUUUUAUUUUUGUCUAAUGAGAUGAUAAACUACUACAAGGACAAUUUUUAUAACAAAGUGAUAAUAUUUAGUACAGGAUUAAGGCUAUAAAAAAGUAAUGUUGAUAGUUGUUGCACCAAGCAGUGGUGAUUAAGAUUUUGCAAAUUAAAAUGUUGACUUCCACUUACUUUUACCUAGGGAUCCACUCCCAUAAAUGAUAGAUUUUUCCUUAUACCAUCAUUAUCUUUAUUGUUGUUGACCUUUCACACUUCAGGGGUAGCUUGACUGAGAAAAAGUUGCAAUGUCAAGUGUAGCCUCAGGCCUGAAGAAUGUUAUUAAAUUAUUAUGGCAGUUUUACAUAUCUGGAUGCCCAGUAUUAGUAAAACACACAGGGGUGUUUGAACUAAAAUUUUGUUCACCAUUCUACCUAGCUUGAGAUUUAUGACAAAAUCAUACUAAAAUAAAGUUAUUAUUAUUAUUGUUAUUAUUAUUAUCAUCAUCAUCAUCAUCAUCACCAUCAUCAUUAUUACUAUUCAUUACCCAACACCUACAAUGAAAAUUUUUUACGCCAUUAUAUUGCUUUGGUUCAGGUAUGUUCAGUGAUAUAGAAGACAACCAACUGGAUGAGCUCGUUCAAACUGCUUCAAGCCAGCAUCCUGGAAUGGGUAUAAGAAUGCUCAAAGGUAAUUUACAAAGCAAAGGGUUUCGCAUUCAGCGAGAAAGAAUAAGAUUAUCCCUGUUGCGAACAGAUCCCAUUGGUAUUAUGGAGAGAUGGAGAAGUACCACUAGGAGGCGACAUUACAAUGUUAGGUAUCCACUCUCACUAUGGCACAUAGAUGGGAACCAUAAGCUGAUAAGGUACUGAUAAAGAUACCUGUUGUACAGUGUACAUUGUCAUAGUUUCCCCUCGUGAUCUUGUGCGUGGGUCCAAGUUAAACACAAUCAAAAUUCUGCUACUGGAUACCUCCUGUAAACAUACACACCUUGAAUGAACCAAAAAGAAAACACUAAACUGUGGCCACAACACCAGCUAAUGCAAGACUUUUUAAACUGUGUUUUAGCUACAGUUGAAGACAUUGAUCAUGAUUGAUAACUGUUUCCCUGUCCCCAUCUUUUUUAACCCCUUGCAGGUAACACCAAACAUGAUAAGGUUGCCCUAACAGGAGCUUUUAUUUUUUGUUUGUCACUCUGAUCUUGUAUGUAAAUUAAGGGGUUUUUUUAACAGAUGGAGAAUUGUUAUACAUGGAGGAAUCGAUGGCUUUUCUCGAAUCCCAGUCUAUUUGAAGGCCUCAAAUGACAACAAGGCAAGCACUGUUCUUUCAUGUUUUCGUGAAGCUGUGUCAGAGUACGGCCUUCCAUCUCGGGUCCGCUCUGAUAAAGGAGGGGAGAACGUAGAUGUAGCAACCUAUAUGCUUACUCACAUCCAGCGAGGGCCAGGCAGGGGAAGUAUGAUAACAGGUACAGAGUACUGCAUCAUUAUUACUUAGGUUAGACUAUGAGCAGUCCCCAUUUUUCCUCAGGGAUAGUAGAGCGCAUCUCCCCGCCGCGUCUCUUCUUUCUCGCGUGGGAUGAUUUUUAUGAUGCACGGUUUCACUCAAUCUACUAUCCGUUAAGAAAAAUGGGGACUACUUGUAAUCUAUCUUUCCUUAGCUAGAUGACCUUUCCUGGGUUUGUAAUAGAUGGGAUCUUGAAUUCAGGCUACACUUUAAGAUCCUGAAUAGGUUUUAACAAAGGAUGCUACAUUUUAUAUAAUGAAAUAGGUACUUAUGGGAUCAUGAACUAAUCUUGAGGAUUUCUAGGCAAGGAGAAAUGAUGCUGUAUGAAUAGUAUUAUAUUACUAUUAAUAACUCACAAGUUUCAUUAAAUUAGUUUAAGGGGAACUGUUUUCAUGAAUGCUUGUGUGUGUUGUUAAGAAUGAGCAUGGUGAUUGCCAUGCUCCCAAAUCCGGUUGUGACUUGUUUUAAGUAUGAUGGUAAUUGAAGAAACUAUUAAGCCCGGAAGGAAUCAAGAGACUAUUAAACAAUUCUUUAUUUUCUCCUUUUCUUUCCUUUUUUUUUAAGCGGGGGCGGGGUGGGGGGGGAGUAUUUGACACCAAUUGUUAGAUAAAGAGCACACACAAUCAAAGGAUUGAACGACUUUGGAGAGACUUAUAUGGGGGCUGCCUUAGCCUCUUCUAUGAACUCUUCUAUACCCUAGAAAACCAGGAUGUGUUAAAUGCAGAUGAUGAUUGUCAUCUCUGGUGCCUACAUUACGUGUUCGUGCCUAUCAUCAACAGACAUCUGAGUAAUUGGAAAGACGUAUGGGUUCACCAUCCAUUACGUACAGAAAGAAACAGAACGCCCAUGCAGUUAUGGAUUAGUGGACUGCAAGAGGCAUGGGGAUUUCUUGGUCCUGAAGGUGAAGUGUUCCAGGUAUGUAACAUGUUUGGUUUCAUUUAAUCAGCAUUACUUGUGUCAAAUGUAAUAACUAAAAAUUAUGAUCACCAAUCUCUAUCCUCAGGCCAGCAUUGCAAGAAAUUGGGGGUUAAUGCUUUGGCAGCACAUAUGUAACAAAUUGCUUACAAUAAUCCUUUUUUUUAGGGCGAUUAUAGCAACUAUGGGAUUGAUUGGCAAGGUCCCGUCCCAGAACAAUGCCCUGAUUAUAUUGAAGUUCCGGACACAAACUGCCCAUUCACUGAGGAGGAAAUGCAUCUCCUACCUGUAACAGACAAUUUAACAUAUUUAGAGGGGGUUGAAGUAUUCAACCAAAUCACCAACUUACUGUAA